UGUCUGAGCUCCUCUUCAGUGUCGUCGUCUUCGGAUGCGUGUCUGUGUCUGGGUCAGUCCAUCGUCAGUCAGUAGUUCUAGGCUAAUCUUCAGUGACUCUUGUGAAGCUCCUAGUUCUGUCUCUGUAGAACCUUGAGUGAGAGAUUAGUGUGUGUAUUUGAGUGUGUGUGUGUGUGUGUGUGUUGGUCUUGUUAGUCGUUUCGGUUCUUCCAUUGAGUGUGUCUCGUACAUUAUUUGGAGGUAGGUGGUAUUCUAUCUGAAUAGGUUGGGUGGUCUUUGUCUGGGUACGUUGUCGAUUCCUACUGUCUUAGCUACAGUGUUUGUGGUGUGAAUCUCUAUUCCUUGGAAGUGAAGGACAUUUCAUAUUGGUGCUACAGAAUUAUAUCGUGAAUCCCUUUGUCGUGGUCCGUUUCCCAGUUGUUUGUCUACACCGCAUCUGGUAUCUAUGGACUAUCAUGCCCUUAGCAGACGAGAGCUCCAGGCGCUGUGUAAGCAGUACAAGAUACCUGCCAACAAGACUAAUGUGUUCAUGGCGGAUGCUCUGGCUGCCCUGCUGAAUGGUGCCGACGAGGAUAAAACAGCUAAUGUCGACACGCUCGCGGAGGCCGCCCCUGCGGCGCCUGCUGAUGAACCAAUCCCAGAAGGUGUCCACGAAGGAGUUGUCGAGAAUGCCAUCGAUAAUGUUGUAGCUUCGAAGAAGACCAGAGAUAGAUCUUCUAGAAGAGCUGCGGUUGUGGAUGCAGAUCCACUGAUUGUGGACGAUUGCAUACCCGCGAAGUCUAGUUCCGGUAGGAACAGAGGAAGAGGCAUUGUGGUCCCUGCCCCUACCCUAAUAUCUGCGGAGCACUUGGACGUUGUGGAGCCUUCUGCGGAUUCAAAGAAGCUUGCGAUGAAGAGCAAGAGCGUUAGUGCAUUAGUCAAGGCUGCAACUGCUUCAGACAUUCCUGCGAUUAUUUCCGCAGCAAUUGGCGUAUCUAGGGAGGACAACUCUGACAAUAUCGAUGUUUCACUGGAGGAGGUUCCAGUAGAGGAAGCUUUCGCCGUUCGUUGUGACCGUUCCCGAACAGACGGUGACCUGGAUGAACCGAUGGAGGGAGAUGUGGAUGUUCAUGAUAGCUUGACUAACAUUCUCCUUAGCGAAGAGAAAGAUAUCAAAGGCAGCCUCCCGGGUGCUGAAUGUGAGGAACAAGUGGUACCAGAAGUCCAACCCCAGGACGACCUCGUUGCAUACAUAGAAAAGCUUUCCUUGGAGGAGGCGCCCGUAGAUGGUGGUCCAGGGAAAAAUGAAGUGCGUAAACGUACCGGGAAAAGAACAGGGAGAUCCAAGAAAGCCACUAUUAAUGAUCAGCAGGAAAUCCUUGCAGCCGUCUCUUCUACAACAGAAGCCGUCGGUGUCUCUAUUGCAGAUUUCACUGUAGUACCUACUUCGGCGGACGGUGGCAAAGAACACAAGCUGGCACCUAAGAGACGUGGGAGAGGCAAUAAAGCAGCAACUUCCGCUCCACCUCUGAUUGAGUCGGAAUCAUCAGCAGCAGCUGUCGACGUGAUGCAGUUCAGUGGCUGCGGGAAUUCAGACAGUGGCCUAUUGCUGACUGUGCCCUCAGAACAAGCAGGGGAGAGUGAGGGAAUGAUACCCGUGAUUAAGAAGGGCAGCAAUGCGAAGAAAGAAGCGCAUGCGUCCCUACCAGCUACCGACAUUGCCGCCCCUGAUGGUGCCAUUGAAAUGCAGCCCACCGGAAGUGACUAUGUCCAUCAUGGUGUCCUUGCAGUAAAGGAACUUCUCCCCGACGCUGGAAUUCCAAAGCCCUGUAACACAAAAGCCCAGAAGGCUAAGAAAGGAGCACGAUCUACAGAAUUCAAGGGCGACCUUGAAGCUCUUGUUGCCGCAGCUGAUGAUGUGAAGCUUGAGGCUACUGUUCCUGCAGCUGAGGAGGUGGAGCGAAAUAACGAUUCUGCUGCCCACGAAGAUUCUGUCGACAUGGAGGAGGAAUCAGAGAUUGUGAAGCCGAAGAGAGUGAAAGGAACUAGAAAGAAGGCCGGGAGGAAUAAGGGAGGUAAGGCUAAAGCCAAUUCCCUGAAUAUUGAGGUCUACGUAGACGCCAGUUUCGUGAAAACCGCGGAGGUUAUCGAGCCUGAUGCCCCUGAGCCUGAACCCUCCGCAAGCGUCGCAAACUGUCACGAUGGCGUUUCGUCGCCAGUGAAGAGCCACCUGGGAUGUGAAUCCCCAGUGAGAAGUCCUUCUUUCGCUCAUGUGAGCUCUCCACCUCAAAGCCCCUCCCUUGCCUACAUGGGAAACGAGUCGGACUGCGAAAUGGAUGACCCCACCCCUAAUGUUCAGCAGAUUAAUCAGCAAAGCAGUCCCAACACUUCAAUGGUGUUUGCUGACGAGGAAGCAGACAAGGAAAACUCUGGCAGUAAGCACAAUGUGACAGAGAUCCCGAAGAGCUUGCGCAAGCUUCGAAAGCAAAUAAAGGAAGCUAUCAUCAAGAAGAAAAGCACUCCCGUGUCAUCACCUCUGAAGGACAUUUCGCUCAAUGUGCAAUCGCCACUGAUGAUGCAGUCGCCAGCCUUUUCCUUCCAAUUUUGAGUCUUCCCAGUACUACAUCCAUGUCGACAUAUGACCGAGUUUGUUGAUGUGAGAUCCUGAUAGUUUACAAAAUAUGGCAAAGCCAUUACCAUUCGAGCACCAACAACUACGACGGACAAUUCGAGCUUUCCAUCGUCGUUUGCAGUCCCAUUAAGUUAUUAGACUGGCUAACGGCUUUAGAGUUAUGAUGCAAUAUAGUACAUCAGAUUCGGUAGUACUCUAUAUCAGUGGACUGAUGCACAUGCCACUCAGAUUAUUGACCAUACCAUACACCCGCCUUGUUACAGAGAAUCUUUCGUGUGUGCAGCCUAACAAAGCGUUCCAUCAGCUUCCAAGACUAAAGAUGUCGUUAGUGAAAUGCUACCAAACAUAAUGGAUUCGUUCAAGAUAAAACGGUUGAAAGUGUCCAGUUUGGUGAGAUUACUAGUCCAUCGCUUGUAAAGAAACUUAUCCGUCCCCAGUGAUGUGGGGAUUUAAGCCAGAAUGCCUGAACAAAGCCCAAUUGCCUUAAUUUCCUGUAGCACGACAAAUUAUGGAAAAUUCAAAUGCUGACUAGCAACAUUGCAGUAAGCA